UGAUUGAAUCGGGGUUAGGGAGCAAGGUGAGGCCCGUCUGCGCGUUCUGCCUGGACAACGGUUGGAUUUGCUGGUCCUGUCUGAGUAUUCGGGACCUUGCAGCACAUGCAAGCCGUUCCAGCUCCCUAUCCCCCUUGAGGCCUAGCAGCGCCUUCUCUCAUUCCGCCAUACAGACGUCGGCAGAAAAUCCAAAAGCCCGGCCCGUGCUCAACCACCAGCCUUGGCGUGCUCGACAUCGAACCACCCGCCAAAGCUAUCCAACAACGUCACACCCUCACCACCCACCGUCUCCGCGUCAACAUCUCCACUCCACCACAAACCACCUCAAUUGCGUCCACCAUGUCCAGCAUCAUCGGCCGCACCGCUUUCCGCGCCGCCCCUCGUCUCCGCCCCACCCCUGUGGCCCGCCGCUGGGCCACCAGCACCGCCGGAACCGAGGAGAGGAAGGCCGGCAAAGAUGCUCUCAAGCAGGGAGCCAAGCGCGAUCCCGAGCUCUACGUCCUUCUUGCUAUCAUGAGCGGUAUCUUUGGUAUCGCAGGAUGGCACUUCUCUCGAUCCCCCACCAGCGCUUCCUCCGAGCGUACUGUUGCCCAGGCUGCCAACAGCAAGCCUUGGGAGGCGGGCGGCGGCGAGGGCAAGUACCAGUAUCACCCCGGAGGUGACCCCAAUGCCCCCAAGAAGGAUGCUCCUUCAGCAUUGAACUCGGUCAUCAUCCCCAACGUGACCCUACCCAAGGUAUGCCCAUACGUCUCUCGACUUUGCUCAUCCGAGACUGAUUGUUCUUUAGGAACUCCACGACCAGUACAACAAGUGGGGCAAAGACGGCUACUAGACACUUUUCUCGAUAGCAAAACGUUUCCUUGCCUUGCUUCCAUUAGACAAACUCACCCACCAAUCACACAUCACACGCACCACAUAUUUCUUUGCUCUGUAAAUAAGCUCAAGCUACGGCUGUACCGAGUAGACACGAACGGGAACUCUUCCGAAAUUAAGAGAACAGAAAAAUCACUUAAAGAAGCCAUCACUGUGCAAUUCUACCUUUUUUUUGAAAUUCUUUCAUUGAUUAUUCCGAACCAUUUACGGUAUUUCCAUCAGUUCGCUUCCACCUUUCUAUGUAGGUAG